AUGCUCGGAACUUCUGGUGCGGUGGAUUCUGGUAACACUGCUGGUCUUUCUGAAAUUGAUUCUGGUAUCACUGCUGGAACUACCGGUGUUGAUUCUGGUACCACUGCUGGAACUACCGGUGUUGCGUCUGGUACCACUGCUGGAACUACCGGUGUUGAUUCUGGUACCACUGCUGGAACUACCGGUGUUGAUUCUGGUACCACUGCUGGAACUACCGGUGUUGAUUCUGGUACCACUGCUGGAACUACCGGUGUAGCGUCUGGUACCACUGCAGGAUCUUUUGAUGACGGAGAUGUGUCUGGUAUCACUGAUGGCGCCAUUGAUAGCGUAUUCACUUCAAUUGAUUCUGGCAACACUUCUGAUACUGCAGACGAAACCUCUGAUUUACUCGAUUCUGGUAACAUUGCUGACACUUCUGCCAUUUCUGUGGAUUCUGGUAACAUUGCUGACACUUCUGCCAUAUCUGUGGAUUCUGGUAACAUUGUUGACACUUCUGCCAUUUCUGUGGAUUCUGGUAACAUUGCCCGUUCUUCCAGUAAUGAAAUUUAUGAUAAAAUAGCUAGCAGUUCAGGUAUGGUGCGUUCUGGCAACACUGAUAGCACUUCUUUGAGUAUUGUGGUAACACUACAAUAG